AUGCCCUCCCGGCCCACCGACGGCGCCUCCCCGGCGCGGGGCAGCCCGGCCCGCCGUGAGCCCGCGGCCGAGCCCAGGGACCAGCCGCUCACGGUGGCGCUUCGAAUCCGCCCACUCAAUGACACGGAGCUGGAGGAAGGAGCCACCGUCAUCGCCCGCAAGGUGGGGGAACAGAUGGUGGUGCUCAUGGACCCCAGCGAGGACCCCGAGGACACGCUGCGCACCCAUCGGUCCCGCGAGAAGACCUUCAUCUUCGACACCGUCUUCGACCAGCAAGCCUCCCAGGAAGACGUGUAUCGUGCCACCACCCAGCACCUGGUGGAAGGCGUCAUUUCUGGAUACAAUGCGACGGUGUUCGCCUAUGGCCCCUCAGGCGCCGGGAAGACGCACACAAUGCUGGGCAUGGACACCGAGCCCGGCAUCUACCUGCAGACCCUCACCGACCUCUUCCAGGCCAUCGAGGAGAACAGCGUCAACAUGGACUACCGCGUGUCCAUGUCCUACCUCGAGAUUUAUAACGAGGUGAUCCGGGACCUCCUGAACCCGGCCUCGGGGUUUCUGGACCUGAGGGAAGAUUCUAGAGGCAGCAUCCAGAUCGCAGGCAUCACGGAGGCCUCCACCUCGAACGCCCAGGAGAUCAUGCAGCUCCUCACCAAAGGCAACCGGCAGCGCACACAGGAGCCCACGGCCGCCAACAAGACGUCGUCCCGCUCCCACGCGGUGCUCCAGGUCACUGUGCGCCAGUGGGGCCGCGGCUCGGACCUGGCGGAGGAAGUGCGCGUCGGGAGGCUCUUCAUGGUGGACCUGGCCGGCUCGGAGAGGGCGUCCCAGACCCAGAACCGAGGCAAGAGGAUGAAGGAGGGGGCGCACAUCAACCGCUCCCUGCUGGCGCUGGGCAACUGCAUCAACGCCCUCAGCGAGAAGGGUGGCAGCCGCGCGCAGUACGUCAACUUCCGGGACAGCAAGCUCACGCGCCUGCUCAAGGACGCACUGGGGGGGAACAGCCGGACGGUGAUGAUUGCGCACAUCAGCCCGGCCAGCACGUCCUUCGAGGAGUCGCGCACCACUCUGACCUACGCCUACCGGGCCAAGAACAUCAAGACGCGGGUCAAGCGCAACCUGCUGAGCGUGUCCUUCCACAUCGCGCAGUACACAGACGUCAUCUCCGACCUGCGCAGGGAGAUCGAGCACCUCAAAGCGAAGAUCGAGAAGCAGGAGAAGGAGAAGCCAAGUGAGCCCAGGGUCCAGGAUGCCCCAGUCACAGCUCUUUCCCAUGACGGGGAGGAGGACAGCCGCCUGCAGAUGAACAAGAUCCGUGCGCAGCUCAUCGGAGCCUUCAAGGAGCAAAUGGAGAUGCGGCACAGCCUGGUGGAGCUCGAGAACACCAACAUUGAGCUGCACAUCGACACGUCCCGCCACCUGCUGACUAUUGCAGACUGGGAGCGCGAGAGGACCCAGCAGCAGGCCCGGCAGGAGGGCAGCGAGGCCGAGGAGGGGCCGGCGGAGGCGGACGCCGAGGGACAGGAGCCGCCCGAGGUGGCACUGGCCAGGGAGGAGCUGAACACGCUGCUGGCGGAGCAGCGGAAAGCUGCCACCCUGAAGGCGGGGCUGGAGCAGCGUCUGGCCGAGGCCAAGCGGAAGGCCUCGCAGAUGGAGGGGCUGCUGCCCGGGCAGGCAGUCAGCGAGGACCAGCGGGAGGUGCUGCGGCUGCUGUGCCGGGCCCACGAGCUGGAGGUGGGGAGCACGGAGCUGCGGGCCGACAACCUGUACCGGAAGAACCUGCUGUGCCAGAAGGACUUCGUGAUCCGGCGCUACCAGCAGCACCGGCUGCUCUGCGAGCAGAUCAUCCAGGAGCAGCAGCAGCUGAUUCGGGACGCUGGGAUCCCGGUGCCGGAGCCUCUGGACAGGCGCUACCGCCUGUACUCCCGGGAGCUGGGCGAGGGCUCGCUGCACCGCCUGCUGCUGCUGCACGCGCUGAUGUGCGGCCCCCUCCGGGACGGCUCUGUUCCGAGCACACCGCCGCUGCCAGGGGACCCCAGCCUUGACCAGCCGGACGACAGGAAGGCCCUGCCCUGGGGCGCUCAGUUCGAGCUGCCCCCGGUGCUCCUGGAGACGGACAGUGACGGCUAUGGAUCCUUGAAGGCCACUCCAUCUAAAACACCGGGGAAGCAGGACUCUCUCCUGCCCCCGUCAUCCUUCCGCAUCCUGCUGACCCCCCCGAUGCACGAGAAACGCAGCUCUGCGAGCACGAAGAGCCUGGUGUCCAAGCUGUGCUCGCCGGGCAGCCUGCACCCUGGCACCCCCAGGCCGGCCCUGAGCCCCCAGGCCCUAAAGGAGAUGGCACUGAGCACCCGCAGCAUCGCGCUCCUCGCCGCCUCCCGGCGCUCCCGGCACCCACCGGGUGAGGGGGCCCCCGACGCUGAGAGGACAGCCCAGAGGACGCGGGUGCCCUCCCUGCCCGGGGCCACGCAACCGGUGACGGAGAAACUUCAGUCCCCCUCAGUGGAGCAUUUGGCCGAGAGCCAGCUGCCCCCGACUCUCCUCCUUCAGCCUUCAAAGUCAGGAAAGAGCUUUUUCCCCGCCGUCCCCGCAGCCUCCAAGAUAAAACCCAGCCUCGGUCUCCAUGCAGAUGACAACCGGCUCCACGUGCCCGAGGUUGGCGUCACCUUCCCCAGAGCCAUGUGGCCGGGCAGCGCAGGCCCGGGCAGGGGGCCCCUCCUGCCCCGCGACAUCCGAGGGUCGACAGACAGUGGAGGCCGACGGCACAGCCCACUGCCCCCCAGCACACCCUGCAAGCAACAGGGAGGCAGUGCCAAGAGGCCGCGGAGGCCAAGAUAAAGACGGCAGUAAGCUGGAGGACGGCCGAAGGGCUGGUCCUGGGCAUGGGGGUCUUGGCCCUGAAGCUGGAUUUGAGCCAUGGGGUCCCUGCCCGGGACUCUCCAGAGAGAGGCCCUGCCCAAGCCCAGUAACAGCGGCUUAAAUGCAAGAGAGGGCCGAAUUUCCUCUCAUGUCAUGAAAAGUCUGGAGGUGACGUUAUGUAAGUCACCUCAUGAAGUUAUCGGAGACCAGGCGCCCCUGGAUUUCAGCCUCGCUUUCCUGAGGCUGAGGCCUUUGUCCUCAAGGUCACAAAGUAGUUGCGAGAGUUACAACCAUCACAUCUGCAUCCCAGGCAGGGAGGAGGAAGCCCCACCUAACAACCCUGAGCCUCUCCAGAGGGGCCCCCUAUCCUGACCUCUGUCCCCCCAGACUGGUUUUCUCUCUUGUUUGCCUUCAUGUAAACGGACUCACACAGUGUACUCUUUUUUAACAUCUUGUCUGCACAAGUCUCCGCAGGAUGGUGUAGUUGAUUAUCAGUUGUUGUUCUCAUCGCUAUGUAGCAUGGCAUUGAUGAAAAUACUGCAAUUUGUUUAUCCAGUGUCUUGUUGAUGGACAUUUGGGUUGUUUCCAAUUUGAAAU